UUCAAAUAUUCUCCCCUAUCGAUUGUACAAAUAAAUUUCAGCCUGCCCAUCAUGUAUUCUCAUUUCUCACCGUCUUUCCUACUUGCUCUAUUUGCGGUUGUACUGGUAUCAGUCAACGCUCUCCCUCGACCAUUGAAUAUGCAUGACGAGUCUAUACUAACUCUCUCACUGUCCCCUUCCAUCACCCCCUCUUCCACCCCCUCUCCUUCAUUUUCCCCUUCUCAGACCCCUUCCACCACCCCAUCUUCUACAUCCUCUUCUGCGAUUACGCGAUCUCCGACCCCUAAGGUUUCAUCAAUCAAGCACGACUCAUUCAAAUCCACGACUUCAACAUCUAGUUCGGAAACAGUGGCUGCGACACCCCUCACUGCGGCCGACCUCAGUAUGUUCUCUACUGUAACUGGGCUGUUGGGAGGACUUGCUAGUUUGAUGGGACUUGCUUAGACUAUGUCGGUCAUUCGACAUUCGAUCUUUUGGGGACGGAUUAUGGUUAUUGAGGUUAGAUUCUGAUUAUGCAGCGUUGCGGACGUUAUUUCUGUUGAUUUGCAUCUGAUCGUCGAAUAAUUUUCAUUGUUUUGAUUAUCUCCGCGUAUUGAAUAUGUAUUUUACCCUGAACCAUGUAUUUAAACAAUACCCAUGUUCUUAUGUUUUGUGUGGA